UAUGAUUCAACUUCCUCCUGCUAAUAAUGGGCGUUUCCCUCUCAGUUUCUCAGAAAGGUGUGGUGAUUUUGGCUCUGUGUGAAGUUCCUCCUCUGACAUCAACCCUGUGCUGUCACUAAGUUUGAGACUUUUCUCCACAACCGCAACAAUGUCUGUUUGGGAUGACCUGGAUCUGCUCUUAGACUCCCCCUCCUCACUGACUGUGACAUCCACUACAAGAGGAACUGUGAAGGACAAGCCAAACUUCAAAGUGGAGGAGGAUGUGUCUGCACUGAGGAAAGCCAUAGAGGGCCUUGGCACGACAGAAAAGACCAUAAUUGAGGUGUUGACCCAAAGAAGUAAUGCUCAGCGUCAGCUCAUUGCUAAGGCCUAUGAGAAAGCCACAGGAAGGACAUUAGUAGCUGACCUGAAGGGGGACACCCAUGGAGACUUUGAGGACUUGUUAGUGGCAUUGGUGACGCCUCCUGCGGUCUACGACUGUCGUCAAGUCAUCAAAGCCAUCAAGGGUGCAGGGACUACAGAGAGUAUGCUGACAGAAAUCUUUGCUUCGAGAUCCAACAGAGAGAUCAAGGCCAUGUCUGAAGCAUACCUCGCAGAAACUGGAAAAUCGAUGAUUCACGAUCUGCAGUCGGAGGUGUCUGGAGAUUACGGCAAAGCACUGCUCAUUUUGGCUGAGGGGAAGAGAGACGAGAGCACCAAUGUGGAUGCUGCUAAGGCUAAAGCAGAUGCUAAGGCCCUGUAUGAAGCAGGAGAGAAGAAGUGGGGAACUGAUGAAGGGAAAUUUAUUGACAUCCUGUGCCACAGGAGUAUUCCCCAGCUUCGACAGACUCUGGUGGAGUACAAAAACAUCAGUAAGAAGACUCUGCAGGAGAGCAUUGAGAGCGAGAUGUCUGGAAACCUGGAGAAGCUACUAGUGGCUGUUGUGAAGUGUGUGAAGAACGUUCCUGCAUACCUCGCUGAGAAGCUAUUCAAGAGCAUGAAGGGUGCUGGGACGACAGAGUCCACUCUGACCAGAAUACUAGCCAGCCGCUCUGAGGUCGAUCUGCUAGACAUCAGAGCAGAGUACAAGAAGCUGUUUGGAUGUUCCCUCUACUCCCAGUUAGAGUCUGAAGUGUCGGGCAGUUAUGGAGACGCCCUCAAGCAUCUAUGUGGCCAAGACUAACUCCUUCCAACUCCUGUGAUGAGAAACAUGUGGUGUAUGAAGUGCAGCUUUACCCCAUAACAGAUGGGAAGAACCGCGUCUAAUGAGGAGGAUGACCAGUUGCUGACCUUUCCAAUCAUAUUGAUACAUUAGCUUGGACUUGGCUAGAACUAACCAUCCAGCAAUGCUUUUUAAUGUGGAAUUCCAGUAAUGUUCAACCAGAAAUUGAUGUUUCAAACUAGAGUGCCAUGUAUGACCAUGCCAUCAACGAUUAACACACAAACACUUAAGGAGAAACUGUUAUUCUUAGAUAUGAAGACGCUGUUGAAUGUCUUUUUCAAUAUAACAAAUUGUUUGUAUUACAACAUAGUCACAAAUAACUGUUAUAAUUUCACAUAUAAGAAAAUAAAAAUACUGUAUUCUACUA